AUGGACCGCAAAAUGGAAGAAAAUAUGUUGAGGUGGCUAGAAGAGGAGUCAGAUCAGGAUGAUUUGAUUGUAAGCGAAGAGGAAGAGGAUUUGAGAGAAGAAGAAAAUAUAAUUCAUUCUCCGCAUGGCACUGACACCGAGCAAGAAGAUGAUGAAAAUGAUGAGAUUUCUGGACAAAACAACAGUGAUUCUGAUGACAGUGUACCGCUUGCAGAUUUCGCCACUUAUAAGUCACGAAAUGAAACAGAAUGGAGGAAACAUCCAUUUCCUGCAACAAGGGUACGUUCUCACAAUAUUAUACAAAAACCUUUAGGACCAAAAGGUACUGCUUGUAAUGCUAGCACACUCCUUCAAUGUUUCGAGUUAUUUUUAGACCCUGAUGUUUUUGAAUCCUUGGUAAAUUGUACAAAUAUAUAUAUAAAUACUAUAAAGACUAAAUACCAAAGAGAACGAGAUGCGAAGCCUACGAAUCUUACUGAAAUGAGAGCGUUUGUUGGGUUACUUAUAGUAAUCGGAGCCAAUAGAUCAGGACGUCAAAAUCUUAGAGACUUUUGGGACAACUCUAAUGGGACCGGCUUUGAACUGGUCUAUCUGACAAUGUCUAUAAAUAGAUUUCGUUUCCUACUACGAUCUUUGCGAUUUGAUGAUAUUCGCGAUCGCCCUCAAAGACAAGAAAUUGAUAAGCUUGCUGCCAUACGGUGCUUUAUUGAGGGUAUGAAAAACCGUUGCUUAGAAUAUUAUACUCCAAGUGAACACAUGACGUUGGAUGAGCAACUCGUAGCAUUUAGAGGUCGAUGUGGUUUUAUUAUGUACCUACCCAACAAACCGGCAAAAUUUGGAAUAAAAAUAUUUAUGGUAGUGGACACAAAAUGCCCGUAUAUUUACAACUUUGAAGUUUAUUGUGGUGAACAACCAGAAGGCCCAUUUCGUGUAUCCAACAAAGUUGCAGACGUCACCAAAAGAUUACUAGAGCCGCUUAUAAAUAUGGGAUGUAAUGUUACGAUGGAUAACUGGUUUACCAGUUAUCCAGUGGCAUUGCAGCUUUUGGAAGAAAGAAUUACUGUUGUCGGCACUCUCAAGAGUAACAAGCCAGAAAUACCCACAAGUUUUAAGACUAGCCAGGGCCGACAAAUAAAUAGUUCUUUGUUUGGGUUUCAGAAAGAAUGCACAUUAGUCAGUUAUGUGCCAAAAAGGAACAAAACAGUUUUAUUAUUGUCAACAAUGCACCAUGACGAAGCAAUAGAUGCUACUACCGGCGACGCAAAAAAGCCUGAAAUCAUAACUUUUUAUAACCACACAAAGUGUGGGGUGGAUAUUGUGGACAGGAUGUGUCGUCAAUAUGACGUAUCUAGAAAUAGUAGGCGUUGGCCUCUUACAUUAUUUUUCAAUUUUUUAAAUAUUGCCGCUAUAAAUGGCCUAGUUAUUCAUCAGUUGAAUAAUUCAAACGAAAACAUCAUCAGACGCAUUUUUCUUCAGACUUUGGGGUUUGAGCUUGUGAAACCAUUAAUUUUAGAACGAAUUUAUCAGGAUAAUGUUCCAGGAAGCAUUAAAACAAGAGCCAAACUAUUGUUGAACAUUUCAGAAGCUCCUCAACAAGGAAAUAUAGUAAUUCGUGGUGGGGUUGCACGCUGUGCGUUUUGUAGCAGAAUUCGCGAUCGCAGCACCAGGAAAACUUGCUCAAAAUGCUACAGGCGUAUAUGUACUGAUCACCAAAUUUUAAUUUGUCCUUCGUGUAACGAAAACUGA